AUGUUAAUAAACAAUAAGGCACACAUUAAUAAGUGUAGAGAUACUGGAGAAUUACCUCUGUACGUUGCUUGUCAGAAUGGACAUACUGAAGUAGUUCAGAUGUUAAUAAACAAUAAGGCAGACAUUAAUAAGUGUAGAGAUACUGGAGCAUCCCCCAUAUUUAUAGCAUGUUAUAAAGGUCAUGCAGAGAUUGUUGGAUUUUUAUUGAAGCAUAAAGCAGACUGUAACCAUAAAUGGAAAGGACUUACACCAUUAGGUAUUGCUAAAAGAGAAAAACAUACAAAUCUUGUUCAUUUAUUGGAGAGAUGGAACAAACAAUCAAUAUAA